AUGGCUGCACUUUGGAUUCUCGGCACGUACUGUGAGAAUGAUGCAGCUGUUCUUGCUGUGCUUCGACUUGUCAAAAACUCUCUUGGUGAAUUACCGCUUGUGGAAAGCGAGAUGCGCAUGAUGGAGGGUGAGGAACCUGCACAAGAAGAUGCUACUGAGAAAAAGACAACUGCCAAACAGCUAGUUACUGCUGAUGGCACCUAUGCCACGCAAUCCGCUCUCUCUGUGUCUACCAAGGCAAAUAAUAAGGAAAAACCACCACUCAGACAGUUUCUCCUUGAUGGUGAUUUCUUCCUUGGAGCCUCGUUGGCGACAGUGCUCAAUAAACUUGCAGAACAAUUCACCAGGAGUAAUGGAGCUGGCUCUCAGCGUGCCAAUCGUUUCCGUGGUGAAUGUAUGUUUAUUCUUGCUUCCAUAAUCAACCUGGGAAAAAGUGGUCUCGCCAAGCAGAAUAUUACUGAAGAUGAUCUUGACAGAAUGGGAACGACCAUCAAGCUCUUGGCUCAGGGCUGUACCGACUUGGAUGAUGCCUUUGUAGAAAAAUGCAAAGAUAGCUUGGAACUGAUGCUGGCUAGUCGACACCAGGAUAAGACAGACGAGUUUUCUAUGAAGAAGAAGAACAUUAUCGAGGUCGACAAAACAAUAAUGUUCACGCAGCUAAGUGCUCGAGCUGAUGCCAGCAUUGGAGAAAAUCUGUUUGACCUUUCACUUUCUCAAGCCCUAGGAACUGCUCCAAAAACACAAAAAUUCGAUUUUUCGAGGCAAGUAGUUUUGGUUCAAUGCUCAUAUGACUACCACACUAUUUUAGCUCUAAACUGGGAAAAGUGA